AUGGGUUGUUGUAUAUCUUAACAAAGAACCUAAGAAGCUGUUAUUUUAACUUAAAUUUAAAAGGCUGUAUAAGAACAAGAAGAAAUGUCCAUUAUUGAGAAUGUAGAAUAAGAGCGUAAUGAUAUUAUUGAAUAGCCUGAACCUAUGGCUAAUGAUAAAAAAUAAGAAGAAUACUUGGCAAAAAUUCAAAAAAGUGAAGAAGAAGAGGAUAAGUAAGAAAAAAAAUAAUAAAAAACAAAAACGACAAAAAGAGAUGAAAAUUAUCUUAAAAUCAUUGAAUACAAAAGCAUUAAGAUUAAUUAUUACAUUCUAACUCCAAAAUAUGAUGAAGUUUCUAUGUAUUAUGAUUUCAUCAUCAAUACAAGUCAUUUAGAUUUUUAAUAUGAGAUAAAAUGUAAAGCAAUUGUUACAUCUGAACCAGAAUAACCAUUUUCAAUUAAACCAUAUUCUUAUUUGGAAGCAUCUUCAAAUUCAAGUUACGAUAUAUUUUUUAGAAAUGACACUUAUUUUACAAUAGAUUAAUAAUUAAAUACUAACAGACAAUCUUUUGAUACCUUAUUAGAAGUAGAAAGAACUUUGAAAAAGAAAAAAGAAUAGAUAAUUCUACCUUCGGCAUUUUAAUUACGAUCAUAAAAAUAAGAGGAUUCUUAAUAAAAUUUGAAUAGCCCAAGAAGAUCACCAAAAAAACAAAAAGGCAAAAUUUAAACUGAAGUAAUUUCAGAAAUGUUAGAAGUUAUGCAUGUAUUUGAUAUGGAAUUAUGCCCUCGUUUCCAUUAAUUAUUAUUUUUUUUGAUGGUAUAAUAAUAAAUGGCAAAGUUAAAACCAUAUUUAGUUAAUAUAUCUGAAGUCUAUUUUCUUUUUGAUUAGAAACCUUCUUUAGAUGAACAAUAAGUGUAAAAAAUUGCUAUAUUUUAUGAAUUUUUAGAUUAUAAUUUAUAAGAAUUAUAAGAUUAUUUAAAGAAAGAGAAAAAAUAAUUGUCACAUUUGUUAUUCUUAAGAUUAUCCUUAGACCUAACAUAGAUAUUUUAUUAUUGUUACAGCUCUUAUACAUAUAGAUGUAAUUUUACUUUAAAAUCAGUCUAUUAUACUAAUAAAAAUAAGAAAUUUAAAUUAUAAGCAUUUGCACGAUUAUAAACUUUAAUAAGAUUUUCAAAUGAAGAGGAUGUAUAAUAACUUCUUCAAUCAGUAAGUGAAUAAAAGUUUAAAUUCUUUAUAAAAGAUUUUGAAAAAGAUUUUGGAGCUUUGUGUGAUCUUAUUCUUCUUUUCAAAAAUGUUGAUAAUUAAAUAGGAAAUAUAAAGAAAAUUAGGAGGAAGAAAAAAAACUCAGAUCUUCACCAUUAAAAAUAUGCAGAAUUUGCUAUGUCUUUAUUAGAUUCUGAAAAUACAGAUAAAUUAAUAUAUGAAUUAAUAAGAUUAAAAUGUUAACCUAUUGAUAAAGAUAACUUUGAUUAUAUAUUGGAGGAAAUCAAAACAUUAAUAAUGACUUUAGAAUAACAAAUUUAAGAUGAGAUAUAUUAAAGAGAAAAAUUGAAUGAUUUAAAAGAAUAGAUGAUUUUGCAAAAUGAAAGCAUUAUUAAAGUAAAUAAUAAUGAGAAAGUAGAUUUUAUUGCAGAAGAGGAAAAUGAAUUACACAGAUUUGAAACUAAUUUGCCAAAAAAAUCUAAAAAGUAAAAAGUUUAACCAAGCGAAAAUGAUCUAUUUAAUGAAAUGAAGUACUCUGCUUUAUUUUAUUUUGAAACAUUUAUGGAAAGAAGUAUGAAAUUUUUAGAAAUAUGCACUAAUGAUGCUCAUCGUGCAUAUGCUUUAAUACUCUAAUCUAUAGGACAAACUAUGAAUAUUCCAUCUAGAGAAUAAAAAUUAGCAGAAUAAUAAUUGAUUUUAUAAGAAGCAAGUAAAUUAGUGUUAAAGGAAAAAGUAUUUAUAAUUUAAGAUUCAUUUCAUUAUUAUUUGUUAUUAACACUAAUAAGUUCAUUAGUUGAUAAACCAAUUUAAUUAUUAAAUUAACUUAAAUCAUUAAUUUAGUAGUAAAAUACUAUAAGAAGGAAAUAAAUACGACCUAAAUUAAGUACACAUCAAACAUGUACAGGUAUAAUUGAAAUGAGAAAAGCAUUGAUAUUAGACCUUUUUUAUAUUGAUCAUUAUCUGAAACGUCAUUUAUUUUAAAAUGCCACUUAAUUAGUAUAACAUAUAGUAACAUAAUAAUUGAGAUUCAAUUUAAAAUCUUAUUUACUUUAUGGAAGAAGUCUCUUCAUAAGUGGUAUAAUUUGUGAGAAAAUGAUGCAACCAGUGUCAGCUAUGUUAAAUUUAGAAGUUUGUAGAUUACUUUAUUAAUAAUUUUUCCCUGUUUAGAAAUUUAUGUAUUUAGAUGAAGAGACUAAUCAAUUAGUAGAUGUAGAAUAUUAAGAAAGUAAUAAAUAAUACAAAUAAAUAAUGAUUCAUUUUGAGAAUGAAGGUUCUGAAAAUUUGAAUAUUCUUGAAUUUAAUUUAGGACUUGUAUAUUUCACAUUGUCUGAAAAAGAAAAUGCCUUAAAAUGUUUAAGAAAAGUCAAAGAAGCUAGAGAAAAGAAGUAUGAUCUAGUUUCAGAUGAGGUUUUAGAAGUUGUCUUGUAAAUUUUAAAAAUACAUGUUGAAUAAGAAGAAAAUGGAGCUGCUUUAGAGAUUUGUUAAGAAUAUUAUGUUAAAUUUAAAUAUUUGGCUAAAUAGAAUAUAUUAACAAAAAGUAGAUUAAUUGCUCGUUUAUAAUUAAUUAUGGCAGCUAUAUAUGAAUGUAAUAUGAUGUUAGUGAGUGCUUUAAAAUAUUAUUAGAAAGCAAAUAAAACAUUUGCAAUGUCUAAAAAUAAUUCUUAUGUUAGAUAAUUACAUAUUUUAUAGAAAAUUAGAAAAAUAGUUGAAUUGAUUAAGUUAAAGGCUUAUUAAUCUCAUAGUUUAGAGUAAUAAUCAGAAUUUAAUAUUGAGCAUUAUCUUGGUCAUCUCUCUGAAAAAGUAAAGCCUUACUUUAAUAAUCAGUUUAUUAGAAUGUUAGAAAAUGACAAGAUAGUUUUAUAUAAUGUUACUUUGAUGAAAAGGUAUAUAAGAGCAAACCAAAGUUUAAGAAAUUUAGAAUAUUAAUAAGCUUUAAGAAGAUAUCAAAGAAUACAUUAAAAAUUUAAAAAGAAGAAAAUUGAUGAAUGUUAUGGUUUUACUUUAGAGAAGAUUGGUACCAUAUAUUUGAUUUAAAGAAAUUUAAAGAUAGCAAUACAACAUUUAAAAAUGGCAUCUGAAUUACAUGAUAGAUAUUUGUAAUUUCCAUUGAAAGAAAUGAGAAUAUUAACAUGUGAAAUAUAUAUAUUACUUGGUUAUGCUAUACUAAGAAAUGUUAAAGAGGUUCAGAAAUAAUUAACCCAUAUUGAUGACUUUAUUUAGAAUAUCAAUGAUUUAUUGAAUUGGUAAAAUGUUCCUUAUAAAUAAAGAUCAAAUAAAUUUGCUAUAUUAUCCAAUAAACUAGGUAGAUCAGUAUUGUAUGUGCUCAAUGAUCUUUUUGAAAGAAUAGAAAAAUAUAAUAAGUUAAGAAUCAAAUUUGGAUAGAAUUUAAAUAAUGAUUAAGUUUUGAAUGAUAUUUCAGAAAAGUUUUUAAAUGAAAAAUUCAAUUAACAAACUGUGAAAAAUUCAGAUAUUUCAAGUUAAAGAAAAUCAUGUCUUUUUGGAUUAUUCAGUUUUGGUAAAAGAAGAUAAGCAACAUGGAAAGAAUCAAUUUCAUAAAAUUAAUAAAUAAUUAUAUAAAAAAAUGAAGUAAUAAAUAAUGAAUAAAUUGAAUUAUCAAAAAGUAAAAUUGAUAUAUAAAUUAAAAAAACUAAAGAUUAAAAUACAGAUAGAAUUGAUAAAAACUAAAAAAUAAAGAAUUCAAUUCCAAUAAAAUAAGCUGAAAAAUAUUAAUAUAUUUAAUAAUUUAAAUAAGAUAGACCAGAAGUUUAUGAUUAAUUGUAAGAGUAUGAAAUAGAUUAAAAAACAAGUUCAAAAUAAAAAACAUCUUUACCAGCAACAGCUUUGGUUAGUCCAGUUUUGAGUCCCAUUAGCAUUAAAUCAACAUCUUAAUAAAAAACUUAAGAUAAAAAAAUAAAUCCUUUCCAAAAAGUUAAAAGAAAGAAAUGA